AUGGACAGAGUGUAUUUGGAUGACAGUGGAGAACUGGCAGCCGACUUGGACAUUGUGAACUGGGUGGUGUUUCCCAAUAACUCUGUCCUUAAGGUGAAGUUUGGGAAUCUGUACAGAGAGGGAUCCCCAGACCUACACUUCACCAUCAACCAGGAUGCCAUUGUGUGGCCUAAAUGGCUCAACCAGACCCUGCCUUCUUCCAGGUGUGUGGAAAGCUGCCGCCCUGGAUUUGUCAAGGUGGUUCAGGAAGGAAAUCCACUUUGCUGCUAUGACUGCGUUCCCUGCGGGGAAGGGACCAUCUCCACUCAGGAAGAUGCAGAGUGGUGCACCAAAUGUCCAGUAGAUCAGCAUCCAAACAAGGACAAAGAUCAGUGUAUCCCCAAGACUAUCACCUUCCUGGCCUAUGAAGAUUCUUUGGGGAUCCUCCUGGCUUGUCUCAUCCUGUUUUUGUCCUUGACCACAGGCUUUGUUUUAGGUACUUUCAUUGCAUUCCAAGAAACUCCGAUAGUCAAAGCCAACAACCGGGACCUCUCCUACAUCCUCCUCGUCUCCCUCCUGCUUUCCUUUCUGUCCUCCUUCCUCUUCAUCGGCCAGCCAAGAAAAGUGACCUGUUUUCUCCGACAAACAGCCUUCAGCAUCAUCUUCUCAGUUGCUGUCUCUUCUGUGUUGGCAAAAACCAUCACUGUAGUACUGGCCUUCCUAGCCACAAAGCCAGGGAACAGAGCGAGGAGAUGGCUGGGGAAGUGUCUGGCCAACUCCAUUGUUAUUUCCUGUUCCAGUGCCCAAGUUAUCAUAUGCACCAUCUGGUUGAGUAUCUCUCCCCCAUUUCCAGAGUCUGACAUGCACUCCCAGCCUGGAGAGAUCAUCCUGCAAUGCAAUGAAGGGUCUGUCACCAUGUUUUAUGUUGCUCUUGGCUACAUGGGCUUCCUGGCUGCCAUCUGCUUCAUGGUGGCUUUCCUGGCCAGGAAGCUGCCUGGGGCCUUCAAUGAAGGCAAGCUGAUCACUUUCAGCAUGCUGGUCUUCUGCAGUGUUUGGGUCUCCUUUGUGCCCACCUACCUGAGCACGAAGGGGAAAUACAUGGUAGCCGUGCAGGUCUUCUCCAUCUUGGCCUCCAGUGCUGGGCUUCUGGGCUGCAUCUUCAUUUCCAAGUGCUACAUUAUUUUCCUGAGGCCUGAUCUGAAUACAAAGACACAUUUAACAACAAAAGAUAUCAACCAGAAUCCCAGGCUCUUACCCAACAUCACCCUGGGCUACAGCAUCCAUGAGAACUUUUUUCAAGAAAGGUUGACGUGGAUGACCAGCACCCGGGGCACUGCCCAGUCCACAACCGACCGGAACAAGGUGAGCAGCGGUGGAGGCUGCCCCUAUUCGGAAGGAGUGUGUCCCGAACUUGCGGCGUCCACACCUAGCCGCUGGAGUGCUGUCUUUGCCACCCACCAAAAUUGGUACUUGUUAAGGGGCUGGAGGUCCCUGUGCCUGAACAGGUACCCUGGCUGCAGCCUGCGGGCUGCCAGAAAAACGCAGAGGGCCCUGACCGGGCCGCGCCUCCGCAGCUGGAUGGCCGCUGCCGCCACACCUCAGCCGCUGGGUGGCCUAGAGCUGUCCCCGCUGCCCCUCUGGGUCUGCUCCUGCAGACCGAUCCUCCGUAGCUGGAGGGCCUCUGGAGGCCUAGGCUCACUACUGCCCCAGCCCGGAGCCAGGGGCUCUUCGCCGCUCCCCAGCCGCACCGCUCUGCGAUCGAGCCGCGCCGACCGCUCCUCGCCACCGGCCCCGCACCAAGGCCUGGCCUGUAGGCCUGGAGAAGCCGCGUGCGUCGGCGGGCGAUCUGAGCCGCGUCGCGCUGCCGAUGCAGGAGGGCCUCCCGACCGUUUAAAAUUGCCGCCAAAAAUUUGCAGUGAGGGUGGGCGGCUGGCGAAACCUUCCCACGACCGAAUACAGAUGACGUUCUGA